CACCCGAUACCACCGCUCUUCUCGCCCUAUUGAUUUUCCCGCGGAGGCGCACGCGCUAUUCCGUUCCCGAUUGCGACAAGGGGGGUGCGGCUGUAACCAUGGAUCCCAGUGUACUCGCCACCAUGGACAAGGACGCACUGAAGAAGCAGAUCGAGAACAUGAAGUACCAGGCGUCCAUGGAACGGUGGCCUCUUUCCAAGAGCAUCGCGGCGAUGCGGGAGUAUGUAGAAGAGAACGAGAAGAAUGACCCGCUGAUACACGCGCCCGACAAGAAGAACAAUCCCUGGGCCGAGAAAGGCAAGUGCAUAAUCAUGUAAUCGAGCCGGAGCGGAGGAAGGGCAGCAGCAGAAGAAGGAAGCGUGCAUACGAGCGUGCGAGGAGGAGGAGAGGAGAGGAGAGCCGGUCGUUCAUCCGCGGCGAGAGGGAUCUCGGAGCAGAGGGAGGAGGGGCGAGCAGAUGGAGAGGAAGAGGAAGAAAUUCGCCGGUGGAGGUUCGCGGCGAUCCCCCGUCGACCGGCCCGCCGAAACGAACGCUCUCGUUCUCCGGAUCUUUCGCCGCUCCUCCGCGCAGCUUGCUCUCUGCGCGCCGAUUCUCGAUUCCCGGUCGCGUCCCACAUUGGACUACAGUUCUACCAUUGUCCUUCGUCCGAUCAUGUGCCAUUCGCGAGAACAAUCGUAAUCGUAAGAGCGCGGCCCAAGGCGGCUCGGAAUCGACGCGCCGAUCGGCUCGUGAAUUUCCACCGUGAUUUUCCAUCGCGCGUGGCGGCUCUUUCGACCGUCUCACGACGGACGCGCGAAGGAAACGCGAAGAGGAGAAGAGAUGACGGCAGACGAUCUCUCUCUUUCUCCUUCUCUCGCUCGCCGGCUCGCCGAUCGAUUCCGCCGAACGAGCCACCCUGUCGUUAAUUAACAAUUCGCGUCGAAUUCACGCGUCAAAUUCAAUCGGUCUUGCGCUCGCGAGAUUCUCCGAUGGAGAGCGAAGUCGAGCGACGAGGGGGGAGAAGAGGAAAUCGGAAGAAUCCUCGGGCGAGCCACUCGUCUGGCAGCCGUCCUCCGUUCGAGAUCGAUAUGCCGAAUCGGCCGCCGCGCGUCGCGCGACGUCGUCUCGCACAUCUCACUCGCCGAUGCACUUGCCGCGUCAAACUCUCCCCACUCACCGACGAUCCACCAUGAAUGCAAUUUAAUGCAACGUUACGUGUACACGUGUGCUACAUAUAUUGCCGUAUAUAUGUAUACUACAUAUAUAUAUAUAUAUUGUAACAUACCGUUACUUAUUACAUUACGAUACAAAUUGAUUACGCGAUGAAUCAUCGAUUGAUCCUAUACGAUAUUAUGUAUCUCCGCGCGAAUUUCUUACGGAAGUAAAUGGAAGAAAAAGAAAUAUAACAUGACCAUCAACUCAA